AGCUACGGGUCACAAUCUAACAGGUCACCAUCUUACACAGAUUCCCCGUGUAUAGUAUAUAUCCUUAACUGUAGGGGCAAGUGCCAUUAGCGAGCACCCAUGAAGGCCGGAACGGCACACGAGGGCGUGGGUGGCCAGCACCACGCUCGGCCGCCUUUGUCUCCCCAGUGGCGAUGUUUACACACCGCACCAGCUACUCGUUAAGGCUGAGACUGCCUAGAGGAGGCCCAGGACCGGUUCAGAUACUUGUCACCGGUGUUGGCCGUGAGCGGGAAUGGAACUGCCCUCGUCACAGUCCCACGGCUUGAAGUGUCCGCCACUACAAAUGCUACGCUUUAUAGGCAUAGCGACGGUGAGCAGAACGAGAGCGCGCACGUGAUUGGCUGCUCGUCCGCCCCACGGCGUUCUUCCCACCAAUGGGAGGCCGUGAGACGGAAGGGGCCGCCCGGGCGCGCCUAUGUGGGGUGCGGAAUGCAAAGAGCGGCGCUGAGUCGUGAAGCGGCGACCUCGUCCCGGCUCUGUGGGUGGCGGUGGAGGCGACGAGGAGGCGAGGAGGGAUCUUCUCUUGCGUUUGUGGACGACGACCAGCGGACUCACCAGCUGAACACGUGGUCCGUGACGCAAAAUGCAGAGCACGGCCAACUACCUGUGGUGGACCAAUGACGUUCUGGGACAGGGGGCCACAGGCAGCGUGUACCGUGGCAGAAACAAGAAAUCGGGUGACCUCUUUGCAAUAAAGACUUUCAACCAACUCAGUUACAUGAGGCCGCAGGAUGUUCAGGUGCGGGAGUUUGAUGUUCUGCGGAGACUCAACCAUAAGAACAUCGUGAAGCUCUUCGCAAUCGAGGAUGAGAACAACACCAAGCAGAAGGUGAUUAUAAUGGAGCUGUGCAGCGGAGGCAGCCUUUACACCAUCUUGGACGAGCCUGAGAAUGCGUACGGCCUGGCCGAGGGAGAGUUCCUCAUCGUGCUUCGUGACGUCGUGUCGGGCAUGAACCACCUGCGCGAGAAAGGCAUCAUCCACCGAGACCUCAAGCCGGGCAACAUCAUGCGUGUGGUGGGCGAGGAUGGACGCUCCGUCUACAAGCUCACCGACUUCGGGGCAGCCCGCCAACUGGAAGAUGAUGAGCAGUUCAUGUCGCUGUACGGCACGGAAGAGUACCUGCACCCGGACAUGUACGAGCGCGCCGUGCUACGCAAGCCCCACCACAAGAUGUACGGUGCUAGCGUGGACCUGUGGAGCAUCGGGGUCACCUUCUACCACGUGGCUACAGGCACCCUGCCCUUCCGGCCCUUCGAAGGCCCUCGCAAGAACAAGGAAGUGAUGUACCGCAUCACAGCAGAGAAGCCUCGUGGCGCCGUGAGCGGGGAGCAGAAGGAAGAGGGCGGCUCCAUCGUGUGGAACGAAGAGCUGCCCAUCACCUGCCAGCUGUCCAGGGGCCUAAAGAUGCUUUUGACACCGCUGUUGGCAAACAUCAUGGAGGUGAACAAGCAGCACUGCUGGAACUUUGACCAGUUUUUCGCGGCCGCCAACGAGAUCCUGACGCGCCACGUGUUCCACAUCUUCUCCCUGUCGCAGCUGUCCCUUUUCAAGGUCUACGUCCAAAUCGAGCAGCAAUUCAAGUCCCUGCAGGAACUGAUCGAGAAGCAGACGGGCAUUGCGGCGGCACAGCAAGAGCUUCUGUUUGAGGGGCGCCGGCUGCACUAUGCAGGAAACACGCAGCUGUCACAGCUGCCCACCACCUCCGAGGACCUACCCAUCAUGCUGCUGGGCCCCGACCCCAUGAAGAUCAUUGGCUUCAUCUACAUGAAGCCUGAGGUUCCGAAGUUUCAUUCUCAGUACAACUUAGUACAGGAUGCUUCUCUUGCAAAGUCUGUGACGGCCGAGCUGCACCAGGUGCAGAGGAUCUCGAGCUCGCUGCUGAGCAUUCAGGUGCUCGUGCGGAAAGGAGCAAGGUGGAUCCUGAAUGUGUGGAGCGAUCAGAUGAAGGAACUCGACAACCUGAAUGAGAUUCUGCUGCAGAAGAUGAAGGCUGUAUCGACCACGUUGAGAAUGCUCAUGCAGAUGAACGACUCCCUGACGCAGAUGUCGUCUGGGCAUUGGGACUCAACUGUCCUCAACCACCAAGAAGAAAUAAAGAAGAUGCAGAUGGUGGUGGACAGCGUGCAGGACUGCCUGGAAGGGAUACAUCAGGCGCUGCUGCCCGGGAAGCCAUUGACGGAGCCUUUGGAGAGGAUAGGUUCCACGCCCGCCGAGCGCCAGGUGGAGAGGAUCGGGGUACUGGUGGACAAAGUUCUGUCCACAUACCACCAGUUCAAAAAGGACAAGUUGCAACAAAGGUUGCAGUAUAAUGAAGAACAGAUUCAUAAAUUUGAAAAACAAAAGCUGGGCACUUAUGCAGUGGCAGCAAUGUCUUUGCUGACAGACGACUGCCAACCCAAAUACCAGGCUGUCCAGCGGACCUACGACGAAUGGCUGAGGUCAAUGUUGGAUGUGCGAAAUUCGAUGGUGGUGUUGGCUGUGGAAUGCAACAAUCACUGCAAAGUGCUGGACUUGCUGCUGGAGAAACUGAACAAGUGGAUGCACGAGUCAUACCCCUGUGCAGUGAGUGAGAUUAUGGCACUCUACAACAAGGUCCCAAGCCCUGUGCAGGCCAUACAGACGUUCAACUACUCUGACUCCCCCAACCUCGUGCAGCCGCCCAUGCUGAAGAACAUCUGUGUUGGCAUGAAACAGCUGAAGCUGAAUGUGAAAGAAAUGUCAGAGGAGCUGCACAAACAGACGGCGAUGAUUCAGAGGUUGGGAGCAUUCUCUGGAUCGGUUGAUUUUGAUGAUGAAGAAAAUAUGUUCGACUGAUUGCUGUGAAUAAUAAAUCACAAUCAUUGGCGAGAGAAUGGAAUGCAUGACCUGCAAAUAGCCAUUUCUUAAAAUAUAAACCUUUUGUUCUUUCAAAACAAUGGAGUGAAACAGAUGUCUGGCAUUCCUGAGGUGGGGUUUUUUUGGAGGCAUCACAUGGGGGGGGGGGGGGGGUCUAAAAUAAGAGUGGAAGGGUUGGGGGGAAAGCAUCUACCUGCCAACCACAGUGGAACAGGGUUAGUAUCUGCCGUUGCUUUGUUGUUGGGCGUGAAGAGGUACAGGGAACAGAUGAGGGAGUGUAAUUUCAAUACCUGUAUGACGUGUGAAAAAAUACCACUCACAGCUGCAUGAUUACAUCAGGCACCCUCCGACAAAUAUCCAAUGUUGUUUUACUCGGGAAGCGUCUGUGAGUGCAGGUGGCAAUAAGUAUGAAACUAACACGUGCAUGGAUCUACCAUUCUUUUAAAUAGGCUUGAGCUUUUGAUUAGCAUCUCAUUCCCAUUUGUAUGAAUGUUAAUAGCACCACAUUUUGACAAUUUGCAUCCGUUUUCAAAUAUAACAUUCAACAUGAAUUGUAUAUGGUGUUUCCCACUUUUCGACCACUACAUGUUCACAUUGUUAAAUCAUACAAAAAACAAUUUAUUCAUAAACAAAAUAUAUAAAUUUAUGUAUGUCUAGCCACAUUUUAUGUAUUCCCUGGCAUUUAAUUGAAAGAGCUUCGGUUUGUUACUCUGAUUUAGAAUUAACCUUUUCUUUUUUUGUAUUUGUGUACCACACUUUCACAUUUUUAAAUUGUAUUGCAGUGUUUAGUUUUGAAAAUGUUAUAUUGAGCAUCGGUCAAAAUUUGAAUGUCUGGUUCACGUCACGUAAAUACAACGGUCGAUGUGAUGCUAAUCAAGAGACUGGCAAAGUCUUCUAGGGUGUAAUUGCACUUCUCUUUAAGGAUUUGUCCACGUGCUGACUGCAUAAGAUAUAUGUGUUGCAUAGACAUGGCAUGUAAAUUGCAUUCAGCAGCAUGUUUACGAUGAUAUUUUCUUAAUCUCGUGGUCACUAGUAAAACGUCAGUGUCUGCUUAAAUGAGCAGUGGGAUAACACUUGGGACCGGUGUCUUGAGGCAGUUGUGAAAAUUCCACAUUUCCAUAGCAAAGCAGUGUCUCUCAUCGACGAUUACUGGAAACUUCCCAAAUUGUUAAAUGUGUUUCAAACUGGGGGAGGGGGGGGAUGGUGGGCCGAGCCAAUCCCCAAAGUGGGAUUUUAUUUGUUAGCAAAGCUGCAGGUGUUUGUACAAUUUUAGCUGACAUUCAUUUUCAAAUUUGGGAUUCGGUAGCUCACACCUUACAUAAAAUGGCUUACUGUUGAACUGGUAUAGUACUUACGGAAUGUCUAGUUAAUCUCACUAUAUGAGACCGUAUACAGCAAUAUCCAGGAUGCCAAAGUGCUUUUUAAAAUGACGUUUACUGUAAAUAUUUUGCUUGUAUUUUGAUGUAUAUACGUAUAUCUCAUGUAAAUAACCUGUUAAAUUCUGUUCCUUUUCACUUUGCCUCGGAGGAUUUAGUUUGUUUCAUGAAUGGAAUUAAAACCAUCACAUUUUACUUGAGAA